GUAUUUUUGUGUAGUUGAUGUUGGCAAGUAAUCGGAAAGCUGAAUGAUCUGUGAGGUGAAGAAGGGAGGGGAAAUGGCGGGUGGAGCAUCACCGUCUUGCAUCUUCUGUCAAAUCGCCAGCUCUACCACUCUUCUCCACUCAGAUGAGAAGGCUGUUGCUUUUCAAGACAUCAAUCCUUCAGCACUCAGGCAUUAUUUAGUAGUUCCUGUGGAGCACAUUCCAACAGUCAAAGACCUCCAGAGAAGAACCGAAGACCAUUCUUUGGUGAGUCACAUGUUAAAUGUAGGGCAGAAUCUGUUGCACAGAGAUGCACCCCAGUCCAAGCACAGAUUUGGAUUUCAUCAACCUCCUUUGAACAGUGUUAACCAUCUCCAUCUCCACUGUUUUGCACUUCCCUAUACACCAAGAUGGAAACAUAUAAAAUACAUGUCUUUGGGAUGUCUGGGUGGAUUUAUUGAAGCCGAGAAGUUGUUGGAAAGGAUAAAGCCAUUUUCUUCUAUUCCAUCAAAAGUGUGACUUUAUUCACCGUUCCUCUGUGUAUUGGAUUGUAUUUAAUCUCAUUUCACAACUGUAGGUUAUGUUAUAAUCACUUAAGUCAAUAUAUGCAAAUGCUUUUUCCCUUUUAAUAAACUUAAUAGAGAUUGUGAUACGCCUUUGCUUAUCUUAUAAUGAAUUUCUCUUUGUUUUGCAAGUGAAUUAUUCA